CACCGAACCGUGACCGCGAGAGCGCAAAUGCGCAUCGGUCUGCGCAUCUUUGAAUCUUCAGAACUACACUGUGGACAAUCUCCCUGACAUCUAAAGACCUCUCCUCCGCAAUCCGACGAGGCUUCUUCACCGCCUUAUGGCUUCACAUCGGCAUUCCUGAGCCGCUGGCCUCGUCCCGGACCCUUCACCCAUCGCUGUCCUCUAAAGGUCUUUGAAUCGGGGAGAUAUUUCUACAAAUAUAUUUUUUCAACAUCAUCCUCGGCUGACUAUUUUUUUUAAAGAGCCCAGUGCUAUGCUGGGCCCAUCUCUCUAGAUCUUGUGAUCAAUACACGAGCUCUCCUCCCACAUUCGUCCGACCGAGACCCUGGUACUCUCAUCGAGCCCCAACAAUGCAUCCUAAGGCAGUGAUGCUGGCGGCGGUCCUUUUGGGGAACUUGAUGCUGCCUUUCAUCUCGUCUCAAAACGCUGGGUUUGUGAAGUCGCCCAUGUCUGAGACUAAGCUUACGGGGGACACCUUUGAGCUGUACUGCGACGUGGUUGGCAACCCCACUCCAGAGAUCCAGUGGUGGUAUGCUGAGAUCAACCGAGCCGACUCCUUCAAGCAGCUGUGGGACGGAGCCCGUAAGCGUCGGGUAUCUAUCAACACGGCCUACGGCACCAACGGGGUCAGUGUGCUCGGCAUCACACGCCUCACACUAGAGGACUCUGGGACCUAUGAGUGCCGGGCAAGCAACGACCCCAGGCGCAAUGACCUCCGACAAAACCCCGCCAUCACCUGGAUCCGCGCCCAGGCCACCAUUUCGGUGCUGCAGAAACCAAAGAUCAAUGCCUCUGAUCAGAUCAUCCUGUCACUGGACACCCCUAACAAACCUCCCACACCAGUUACCCUGCAGUGUAACCUCACCACUGCCCACACUCCCCACAAGGAAAGCUUCUGGAUGAAGAAUGGACAAGAGAUCCCCAAUACACGGACAGAGCAGAGGAACACAGUAUACAGAAUCAUUAAACCACGGGCAGAUGAUUCUGGGGAAUACAUGUGUGUGUACACAUUUGACAUGGCACCAAAUGCAAAUGCUACAAUUGAAGUAAAAGCAAAACCUGAUAUCACUGGCCACAAGCGAAGUGAAAAUAAAAACGAGGGGGAAAAUGCAACGCUGUACUGUAAGUCUGUUGGUUACCCACAUCCCACCUGGAGAUGGCGUAAAGUGGACGGCACAUCAUACAAGGAAAUUGACAACUCCACUGGACGCUUCUUCAUUACUAACAGAGACAACUACACAGAGCUCAAUAUAUUAACCCUGGAUAUAAACACAGAUCCCGGAAUAUACGAAUGCAAUGCCAGUAAUGUGAUUGGAAACACCACUGAGACCACUAUACUACGGGUGCGCAGCCAUCUUGCACCGCUUUGGCCUUUCCUGGGUGUGCUGGCAGAGAUUAUAAUCCUAGUAGUCAUCAUCGUUGUGUACGAGAAACGCAAGAGGCCAGAUGACAUUAUUGAUGACGAUGAACCAGUUGGACCAAUGAAAACAAAUUCAACAAACAACCACAAGGACAAAAACAUUCGCCAGAGGAAUACAAAAUAAGCAAUUUACUCAAAUGAGAUGGCUAAACUGCAUUUUUUGACAACAUGAAGGUAUCAGCGGUGGAUGGAGCUCCUGGCAGUUUUGAAAAAAGCAUAUCUUGUCUCAUUUUUUGAGAAACACUAUCAGCGUAACACUGGCAACAAAAAGAACAUAAUGGCUGUCUUAAGCAUGCCUUAUUCAGUCUUACAUGGAGAUUUCAGGAUGAUGAAUAAUGACUAAAACCACCACAAAGGUGUCCACAUUUUUAAUGUGCUGUUGAUGUCUCCUUGAUUAAUUUUAUCAUGUCCUCAAAUGAGGUGAUCCCUUUUGUAUUACAUAUCAUGUACGAUGCAUGCAAGAUAAUUACGCAAUAGGAUACUCAGAAUAGACAUUUUCUGUUGUUAUCCCCCGUGUGGCAUCCAAAAUGACCUAUGUUUUUUAUGGAGUCAUCCUUAUUAUAGAUACACACACACACACACACACACACACACACACAAACAUAUUUAUGUGUACGUGUGUAUAUACAUAUAUACACACAUGCACACACACACAUACAUUUAUAUGUAUAUGUAUGUAUAUACAUCUAUGUAUACAUACAUACUUAUAUAUGUAUGUAAAUUGUUAGUUUUAUUCUUGAAGAUUUGUACAGCAUAUCAUGGUCAUUUAACUAUGUUUGAUUUUGUGACAAGAAGUCCACUUUUAACAGAACUUUUAUCGUGAAGCAAGGGCUUCAGUGACUGGCAGUAUUUAAAUUUAAUUGAGAGUGAUUACAGAAAAUGACUACUGUGUGUAACUAUCUAAACUAAAAUGAUAAUGUGUAUUAUUUUUAUUUUCUUUCCAGAGUAACUUAGGUGUCUUGUAUAUGUUGAAGUAUGAGUGUCCAAAUAAUAGGAAAUCUGUACAAAAUAUUUUUUUUAUAUUUCCCAAUUUCAUGAAUUGAUUUUUAUUUUUUAUUUUUUUCUCUUUAACUGUAUAGCAUGGCUAUAAUCCUAUGCAAUAUGUAUUCUUAAAUAGAUAUAUGGAGGGCAGUUUGUUUUACUCAGUGAAGCUUUAAUAUUGUGGGAUCACUUGGAAGCUGGCAUAGCAAAAUUCACUGCUGUAGCUGCAUGACUCCUCUUUCAAUACCAUGUAUCCAUGUGUGUUGCGGUGGGAAUGGACCUGCAUUAAGGUGGGAACAGAGGGACCAGAGUAUAUAGCCACGAUCAAACAUGUGAGUGAGACCAAUAUUUUUUUUUCUGAAUAAAAAGUUUAAAAAUGAAUCCAGAUUUUUUUUUUUUGGUUUUGCAAGUUCAACACAACUGAAAACAUGCUCUCUGGGCCAUAUACCAUAACUAAUAAUAUGUAACAAGAUUUCAAACAACAUCGGCAGCACAGUUAGAAAUACUUCACCACCACCAGGUACUGCCUACACAAACUGUAUUAGAAAAAAAACACAUUGCACUGACUUGACCUAUCUGCCUUCAGCUGCU